GCCCGACCUCAUCCUACCCCCACCGCGGGGGCGUGGCGCGGCGCGCGGCCCUGCAGCGCCCCUGCGCGCAGCGGGAUGCCGCUGUGGAGCUGCGCCCGCCGUCGCCGCGCCGCUGUGGACGCGCGGCCGGCUCUGCAGGCCAGCGGGCCGCCGCCGGCUGCGAAGAGGCAGCGCCUGGCUGCCGACCUCGCGCCCUCGGCCGCCGAGCCGGCGGCCUCGGUGUCGCCCUCGCUCCUCGAGGCGUGCGAGGGCUUCGACGUGACUGUCGCGCUCCACCUCGAGGCGGCCUGUCUGGCCCGCCUGGCAAGCGCCAGCCGGGCGGAUCGCGACCGCUUCUCCGGCUCCUUCGUGAAGUGGUGCGCGGACCGCCGAAGGUCGGAACUGAGCAGUCGCCAGGUUCGCGGCGACCUGGCGCUGGCUGCUACCGCAGAGGGCGCGCAGGACGGCGCGCGGUGGACCCUGGAGCGGCUGCACCUGGCGGAGCACCCACCGAGGUUCCCUAGGCUGUACUUCGAGUUCGCGAGCAGCGAGAUGGUCCCUGGCAUGGAGGGGCGGGUCGCGCAGGCCGUCGGGAUCCUGCAGCGCUUCCCAGGGCUGCGCGUCCGCAUCGAGGGCUAUGGCGCGCCCUCGGCGCCGCCGGCGCUGGGCAGGGCGCUGUCGCAGGCGAGGGCGGUGGCCAUGCCAGGGAGCGGGGAAAGGACGUGCGUCAAGCAGUGGCGAAGCGACGGGGGACAGUAUAGCA